GGACACAUUGGUGAGUGCCCCUGACACUGAUUUUUUCCCGUCUUCUAGAAGACCCAAAAAUAAACACUAGAAGAACAUGAUUCGCAAGAACAUAAUUAAUCCUUUACUCCUCCUGAGUCUAGUAGUUUCAAGUCAUCAAAAUGUUUAUGAAGACUUAGGCAAACCUCUCCAUGGAGAGUGGUCUGAAUGGAGUCCCAUGUCUUGCAGUGUUACAUGUGGCGGAGGUGUUGCAGUACAGAAAAGAAAUUGCACUGAGCCUUCACCUUCUAGGUUUGGAAGGCAUUGUGUAGGGCCAGCCAACAAGACCAUCAAGUGCAAUACUCAUCCUUGUGGAGAGUUAUCCUAUCUGCAAAGUAGGUCCAUUUUGAAAAGCAUACGAGAAGGAUUUUUCAAAAGGAAACUUGAAACCGAGUUUGGCGAGCCCCUGAUUGUAGACUGCGAAGGCACGAUGUCACUUGAGUCACAUAAAAAAAAGUGGGUGAAGCAUUUUUCAGUUCAAGAGAAGUUUAUGAUUUUUGACCACAAUAAUACCGAUGUUGAGUUCUAUAUAAGUAUGAAAACGUUCAACUCUAUAGGUAAGGCUUUAGACGGCUUUGGAUUGAUCUCGGCUCCAUAUUUUUACAACUACGUCAGUGGAGUCAAAGUGCUGGAAAAUGGCUCAUUGGAGAUAUUACCAGAACUCAUCGACCAUGGUGGACUUUGGAUGUGCGCCGUCAAUCCUGUCACUCAUGGCAAGUCGUACGUUAUAUCUGCAACUCCAGUGCUUGUCAAACCCAACUGGGUAGGAGAAGGAGUCAUUCACGAAGUCGCGGGCCAAUUAGUGACUUUGUCUUGCAAUGCCCAACCUCUCUUUGUGCUCUUCAGCACGAUCGGCAACUUUACCAUGGAGUGGUACCAUGAUGGCAAGUUGCACAAAAUCUUGCAGUCUGAAUAUCUUGUCUUGUCUAAUCUUUCCUCGUCAGAAUCUGGCGUUUGGUCGUGCAUAGUAAAGGAGAACUUCACUCAGAUCACAGCAUAUUACCACCUUGUUGUGCAUGAAAGUGAGAUACUCAGAUUUUUCUCCUUCGCAAAGCUUUCGCUCGAUAAGUUCUUCUUAAAUCCGUUAGUGAUUGACGUCUUGUACCUUGGUGGUAUUAUCGCAGUAAUUGUAGCGCGUAUCAUUUAUUUGUAUUUAACAAAAUAACAAGUGGGUAAUUCACUUUUUCCUUGGAUUCAUGUGAUACCAGUUCUUAUGUUUUUCAGUCUUCAGUCAGUCCCUGUGCUUUUAAUUGUUCUGUGUUUUUUUUGUUUGUUAAAUUUUAUUUUUUAUGUUUUCAUAGUCUAAUGGACUCUGUUUUAAUCCAAAGAAUUGAAAGUAAGCAUUAAAUGUCCUUGUUUUCAUGAUUAAUGCGUCUGAAACUUAUCUUGGUUGUAAUACAGGAAACAUGAUUAAUGUGAUUUUUGUAACACGGAUUUUGAUGAAGGAAACAUUUAUGAGUUGCGGAGUUGGUUUUUUCAGAUUAUCACGGGCAAAAGGGAGUUGCGUGUUUGUGAUCAGAUUGAAAAUGAAAAUUUAAUUUAUUUGUUUUUUUAUGCAAAAUGUAUCUGGAAUAUAUCCCCGUGUCGUUUAAAGGAAAUUUAUCUUAGUUGAUAUUGCAAUCCAUUGUUACAGACUUUACAGUAUUGCAAUACUGAUUUAAUAUUGAGUAAUUCAGGUAUUUUUUUUAUUAUGGCAAGAAAUUGCAGUGUUAACAGUCCUGUAAAGUUUAGAGGUGCUUUCACUCUUUUGCUUAUGGUAAUUCAACACAGUAUUCGUCACUUUAGCGAUCAAAGUUGCGUAUAUUGUUAGUAUAGUUAUUUUGCAUUAAAUUCUUCAGCCGACCUAUCAGUUCAUAAUGACGAUACUCAGUUAUUUUAGUAACUGUAAUAAAGGAAAAAGUGAUUAAUUGGUGUCAUUUUUUCCUGAGACAGCCAGCACGUUGUAUCACAUAUAGUAGACAAACAAUGCACACUGUAGUUCUUUCCUAGAUAGUGAUUCC